AUGUCGCCGGAGCCGUUCAAUGAAGUGGACUUCAUCGAGAAGCAUUACAACUUCAGGAAGCCAGAGGGAGGAGCCACACUAGACGAGAAUGAACAGAACAAACUUAUCCAAUUAUUGACAAUAUGCAAAAACAAAAUCGAGGGAGGAGUAGAAGAGCGUGAAGCGGAGCUGAACAACUACAUAAAGGCGCUGAAAAUUCUCAUCUUUUACAUCCCACAUAACGAUUCGAUUAAAAAAAAGAUAACGGAAAGGAAAACAUACCAGAGUUUAUUUUUAGGGAGGCAAAAUUAUGCUGACGAUGUGAAUAGCGUAAGCGGAAAUCGAAGUAGUGACCCGGAAGGAGAGAAAACAACUGGAAAUGUCUCCCCAUAUGCAGACAUGGACAAGUACGAAUUAAUAUUUUUAAUCAAUUUAGUAACCCACAAUGAAAACAGCUGGGAAAUAUUUGCAUUUCUGUACCCCUUUUAUUUUUAUCAUAUUAUCAUGAAUCAGCUUAAUAAGGAUUACAUUUUUAUGCUGCUGAACAAUUUUAUAAUAAACGAGAGAACGUAUGAGCAGCUUUGCACAGUGGAAGAUUUUUCCUUUGUUCUUUUUUUGUCCCUUUGGGAUUUUUUAAAAAAAAUUAAAAAGAAGGCAACCAUCUGUAACUACUUUUAUAUAUUUAUUGAGAAUUCCUUGAAAAAUGAAAAUAAGUUAUUUUUACACAUUUUGCAAAAUAUGAAAUUGUUGUAUGUUGAUUUUUACGCGCACACGGAAAAAAUGAACGAAAAUGUGAUUUUUUUUUUCAAGAAAGGCAUUGUAGCGAGGAAGUGCAAAAUUGCUCACCGGGGGGAGAACAAAAAUUAUUUACUCAAAUACAUCGCAUUGAUGUUUAAGCUCAUUUACGAAGCAGUGUACAACAUCCUUGAUGAAAAAAACUUGGAAUCAGAACAAAUUUGCAAAUACCAAAAUGUGUACAAAAAUACCGUUGAGCAUAUAAGGGAAAGUCUAACGUACAUAAAUGACAUAAACUAUUUUGACAACUUCCAAGAAACGCACAUCGAAUUGUAUCACAAAAAUGUUCUGUUCAUGGAUAUGUUCGUAUAUCAUAAAAAAAAAUUCAGUUUGGAAAACUUCAAGCUAAUUUUAUUCAUUUCCAACAUUUUUAGUGACCGUUAUGAAGAACUGGAUUACCUGACUUGUACAGAAAAAAAAAACUUCGUUGACAUUAUUUUUACGUACUUAAAAACGAUUUUGCGAGUGCGAAGUGAACAUUUUAAGAAAAAGGAGGAAAUGCUUUACCAUAAAUUUGUUUUAAACAGAUACAUCCUUAGCUUCGUGGCCAACUUUUCCGCAAAUCCAGAGGUGUCCAAUUAUAUCAAACAGAUUAACGGCCUUGACGUUUUGAGAAAAUUCAUGUACAUUGACGAUAGGGACACUUGUCUAGCGGAAUAUUCCAUUUUGGCCAUUAAACACAUCAAGGAAAAUGAAAACUUGGACGAUUUAUAA